GGCCAACAUGGCGGAAGAAGAAGUGGCAAAACUGGAAAAACACUUGAUGCUUCUCCGUCAGGAAUAUGUCAAACUGCAGAAAAAACUGACAGAAACAGAGAGAAAAUGUACCCUCCUAGCUGCUCAGUCAAACAAAGAGAAUGCCAGUGACUCUUUCAUCAGUCGACUGCUUACCAUUGUGGCAGAAUUGUAUGAGCAGGAGCAAUAUAGUGACCUGAAGAUCAAGGUGGGAGACAGGUACAUCAGCGCUCACAAAUUUGUAUUGGCAGCCCGGAGUGAGGCUUGGAGUCUGGCCAACUUAGUGUCAACAAAUGAGCUAGAUCUGUCAGACGCUGAUCCCGAGGUGGCCAUGGCAAUGCUGCGUUGGAUUUACACAGAUGAGCUGGAGCUGCGAGAAGACGAUGUAUUCCUGACAGAGCUGAUGAAAGUAGCAAACAGGUUUCAGCUGCAACUCCUCAGGGAAAGGUGUGAAAAAGGAGUCAUGUCACUUGUAAAUGUAAGGAAUUGUAUCCGCUUCUAUCAAACAGCAGAAGAGCUGAAUGCCAGCACUUUAAUGAACUACUGUGCUGAGAUAAUUGCUAAUCAUUGGGAUGAUUUGAAGAAAGAAGACUUCAGUAGCAUGAGUGCUCAGCUCUUGUACAAAAUGAUCAAAUCUAAAACGGAUUUCCCUUUGCACAAAGCUAUUAAAGUGGAGAGAGAAGAUGUUGUUUUCCUAUACCUUAUUGAAAUGGAUUCACAGCUGCCUGGAAAGUUAAAUGCACUGGAUCGUAAUGGAGACCUUGCUUUAGACUUAGCACUUUGUCGAAGGCUGGAAAGCAUUGCAACUACCUUGGUGAAUCACAAAGCAGAUGUGGAUAUGGUGGACAAGAAAGGCUGGAGUUUGUUGCACAAAGCAAUUCAUAGGGGAGAUAAAUUUGCUGCUAAUUUCCUGAUUAAAAAUGGGGCCCGGGUGAAUGCUGCAACACUGGGAGAUCAAGAAACACCCCUGCAUCUUGUGGCAUCCUAUAACUCCAAGAAGCACAAACCAGAAGUAAUGUCGGAGAUCGCGCAGAUUGCGGAGUCCCUCCUAAGGGCUGGAGCCAACCCCAACAUGCAAGAUAGUCAAGGAAGAACUCCAUUGCACUCAUCUAUUGUUGUGAGAAAUGACCAAGUAUUCAAUCAGCUGCUGCAGUGCAAACAACUUGAUCUGGAACUGAAGGACCACGAAGGAAGUACCGCCCUAUGGCUUGCGGUUCAAUAUAUUACCAUGUCUUCCGACCCGUCUGUCAACCCUUUUGAGGAUGUCCCGGUGGAGAACGGCAAUUCCUUUGAUGAGAACAGCUUUGCCGCCAAACUCAUCCAACGAGGGAGCAAUACUGAUGCUCCAGAUACAGUGACAGGAAGCUGCUUGCUACAGAGAGCUGCGGGGGCCGAAAAUGAAGCUGCAGCACUCUUCCUAGCCACCCAUGGGGCCACAGUUGAUCACAGGAAUAAAUGGGGUGAAACACCGCUGCAUACAGCCUGCCAGCAUGGUCUAGCCAAUCUCACAGCCGAGUUGCUGCAACAAGGAGCUAACCCUAAUAUCCAGACAGAGAAAGCAGCACCUGCCCGGAAGGGGACUGUCAUGCCUGGCACUGCGGAUAGUGUUAGUUCGCAAACUCCUCUGCAUAUGGCAAUAGCCUAUAACCACCCAGAUGUGGUAUCGAUCAUCCUGGAGCAAAAAGCUAACGCUCUCCAUGCGACCAACAACUUGCAAAUCAUUCCAGACUUCAGUCUCAAGGACUCUAGAGAUCAAACUGUGCUGGGAUUAGCAUUGUGGACAGGUAUGCACACGAUCGCAGCUCAGCUCCUGGGCUCUGGGGCCUCCAUCAAUGACACGAUGUCAGACGGACAGACUCUGUUACACAUGGCGAUACAGAGACAGGAUAGCAAGAGUGCCCUGUUCCUCCUGGAGCAUCAAGCCAAUAUCGGUGUCAGGACUCAAGACGGUGAGACAGCCCUUCAACUAGCUAUCAAAAACCAGUUGCCCUUGGUAGUUGAUGCAAUCUGCACUAGAGGAGCAGACAUGUCUGUGCCGGAUGAAAAGGGGAACCCUCCCCUCUGGCUUGCUCUUGAAAAUAAUCUGGAAGAUAUUGCUUCAACACUGGUAAGGCAUGGCUGUGAUGCAACUUGCUGGGGCCCAGGACCAAGUGGUUGUUUACAGACACUGCUGCACCGGGCCAUUGAUGAGAACAGUGAACCGAUUGCCUGCUUCUUAAUCCGCAGUGGCUGUGAUGUGAACAGCCCAAGGCAGCCAGGUCCCAAUGGAGAGGGUGAUGAGGAGGCUCAUGAUAGGCAGACGCCAUUGCACUUGGCAGCUUGCUGGGGACUUGAAGAAACAGUACAAUGCCUUCUGGAGUUUGGUGCCAAUGUAAAUGCACAGGAUGCGGAAGGAAAAACCCCAAUCCACGUUGCCAUUAUCAAUCAGCACAACACCAUUAUCCAGAUGAUGAUCUCGCACUCUGCCAUCCAGCUCAGCUUGAGGGACCGACAAGGGUUGACCCCCUUUGCCUGUGCUAUGACCUACAAGAACAACAAGGCGGCCGAAGCAAUCCUCAGGCGGGAGCCUGGAGCUGCUGAGCAGGUGGACAAUAAAGGCCGGAAUUUCCUCCAUCUGGCCGUUCAGAAUUCAGACAUCGAAAGCGUACUCUUCUUGAUCAGUGUCCAAGCAGAUGUGAAUUCCAGAGUCCAGGACACCUCCAAGCUGACACCAUUACACCUUGCUGUUCAGGCCGGCUCUGAAAUUAUUGUGCGCAAUCUGCUGCUGGCAGGUGCCAGAGUCAAUGAGUUGAACAAGCACCGCCAAACUGCCCUCCAUCUUGCAGCCCAGCAAGACUUGCCCACAAUAUCCUCAGUCCUUCUGGAGAAUGGCAUUGACUUCGCUGCUGUGGAUGAAAAUAAAAACAAUGCUCUCCACUUGGCGGUCAUGCAUGGUCGUCUGUCAAAUAUUCGUGUCCUUUUGACAGAGUGUAAUAUAGAUGCAGAAGCCAUUAAUGCCAGAGGCCAGUCCCCAAUGCACGUCCUGGGACAAUAUGGGAAAGAGAAUGCAGCCACGAUCUUUGAUUUUUUCCGGGAAUGUAUGCCAGAAUAUCCACUUGACAAGCCAGAUACUGAUGGAAACACGGUGCUCCUUUUGGCCUACAUGAAGGGAAAUGCCAAUCUGUGUCGGGCUAUAGUGAGAGCUGGUGCUCGCUUGGGCAUCAACAACAAUCAAGGGAUCAAUAUUUUCAACUAUCAAGUAGCAACUAAACAGCUUCUCUUCCGGCUUCUGGACAUGUUGUUCAAGGAACCUCCCUGGUGUGACGGCUCCAAUUGUUAUGAAUGCGGUGCCAAGUUUGGGGUCACUUUGAGAAAGCAUCACUGCCGGCACUGUGGGCGUCUGCUCUGCCAUAAGUGUUCCACCAAGGAGAUUCCUAUCAUCAAAUUUGAAUUGAACAAGCCUGUCCGUGUUUGCAACACCUGCUUUGACGUCUUGACUGUUGGGGGUGUUUCCUAGCUGGCUGUGAGGAGGGAAAUGACUCCCAAGGAGUGCUUCCCCUUCCACUUGUAACAGGCCUGUCCCAAGCCAUGUCUCAUGGAGAAGGGGAAGCUCCUACUUUGUCUUCCUGUUACAGUAGACUCUGACCAACUUAAGGGACCAUGCAAAUGCUAUAUUCCAGUGUAUAUGAAUUUUUUUU